AUAGCUAACGAUGUACCGAAGGUAAACUGAGAAGACUUCUCUAUUUCUGCUCGUUAAAGGCUUGUUCCACGUGAACUUCAAGUUCCUUUUCACAAACGUGUGGUUAUAUUUGAAACGGAGAAUUGCCAAAACUUGAAAGCUGGAAUCGUGUUUGCAGAAUCGUCAUCAAAACAAGUACGGGCUGAUCUUGCCGCAGAAAAAAGGACUAAUAAAGGCAACGAGCCUGAAGAAACACUGUGUGUUUGGCGAUGACUCUGAUGAUGAGACUUCCGUUGGUGAGAGUCUGCAAAAAGAAGCAGCCAAGAAGAAGACGAUGAGGCAGACACAGCUGGAGAUGAAGAAGGCGUUGGAGCAGGACAGCACAGUGUACGACUAUGACGCCGUGUACGAUGACAUCCAACAGCAGAGGUUGGACAACAGCAAGAAAGUUCUGUCGGAAGCAGAGAAGCGGCCAAAAUACAUCCACCAGCUCAUGAAGGCGGUAGAAAACCGCAAGAAGGAGCAGGAGCGCAGGGAGGAGAGGAAGAUCCAGAAGGAGCGUGAGGCAGAAGGGGAGCAGUUUGCCGACAAGGAGGCGUACGUGACGUCUGCCUACAAGCUGAAGCUGCAGGAGCAGAAGGAGGAGGAGGAGCGUGAGAAGAGGGAGGCCGCCAUCGAAGCUGCUUUGGACGUGAGGAAGCAAAAAGACCUGAGCGGCUUCUACCGGCACCUUCUGAAUCAGACCGUAGGAGAGGAGGCCAUCCCGGAUCGCUCUGCUAACAAAAGUCAAAGCUCAGAGGAUCCAAAAAUUCCAGAAGCAUCACAAACAAGUUGCAACAACACGUUGAGUCCAGGAAGUGACUGUGAGGACGGCCGUGAGGAGAAACACGGAUUCAGCAAGCCAGCCACCGCCGCCUCAUCACAUUCCAAACGCCAUUACAGACAGAGGUCACCUUCCUCAGGCAGCAGCGAUGAUGAAAGGGAGCGGGACCGACGCAAGAAGAGAGAACGAGAGACGGACAAGCGACGCAGCCAGAGAAGAGAUGAAGACAGAGACAGCCGGAGCCACGGCAGCAGGCGGGACGCAGAGCGGCAAGACCGACGCAAGGAGAGAAGCAGUAAAGACAGAGAGAGGGAAAAGGAGGAGAGGAGGAGGAGCAGGAAUUCAGAGAAAGAUGAGAGGAAAGACAAAGGUGAAGGGGAGGAGAGAAGGAUGAAGGAUGAAGAGGACAGAAAGAUGGACGAGGAGGAUGCAGACAAGAAUAAAGAAGUGAAGAAUGAAGGUGAGAAGGUGAACAAGUUUGCUAAACGUUCUACUGAGCAGACGCUGAGCUCAGCUAGAGAUCGAUACCUUGCUCGACAGAUAGCUCGCUCCGCCUCCAAGACCUACAUAGAGCGCGAGGAAGACUGACCAGCUCAAUGUGUGUGUACACGACCUCCAGCCGCACUCUAAAUAAUGGCCUGCUUUCCAAGUCUAUGUUCAUGUGGAAAAAAAAAUCAUGUAAAUACAAGCUAAAAUAAAGACUUAGACCAUCA